UCCUUUCAAAGGGAUCUUGGCUUAAUUUAAGGGUUCAAAGUAAAUGCAGUUUGAUAUUUAAUUGUAAAUUAGUAACCCACUAGUGCUGAGGAGUUACUGUGGGCGUCAGUGCUUUGAGUGCAUGCCUUAUUCUAGCAGUUUUAUCCAGCUGCUGAGCACAUGGACACAUCCAAGCAACAGAACUUUUAGCUUGAACAACAGCAGUCAAGAAGAGAGGCACAGUCUGUUGCAGCUCAAUAUCACAUAAGAAGGGCAUUAUUUGGAAUACAAUACAAUAGGAGCAUUUAGGUGGAUGAGAGGUUAGCAUGUCCACCCCAGAGAUCGAGUUUGAGAUUAAGGGUACUAUCCCGUGCUCCGGCCUUCCUGUGUGGAGUUUACAUGUUCUCCCAUGCCUGCCUAAGUUUUCUCCGGGUACUCUACUUUCCUCCAAAGUCCUAAAAACACGCGUGCCAGGCUGAUUGAACACUCUGAAUUGUCCAUAGGGAUGAGUAUAAGCGUGAGUGGUUGUCUCGUUGUGACCUGCCAUUGGCUGGCAACUAAGAGUGUGACAAUAUCUCGAUACAGCGAUAUAUCGCGAUAUUUUGCAACCCGAUGGGUUAUCGAUAUGCUCCCGCCAAGAAUCGAUACUUUUAUUUAACAUAUUGGCCAUACAAUGGAGUAUGGAUGCUGUAAACUGCUCAAUGUUUGUUGAGCAAUUCCUUGGCGGUCCACUAGGGGCGCUCGGGAGUGGCGGUGAGGGUAAAGUGCGCACAAGUUGUCUAGAGAAGAAGAGAAGCUCCAAGUGGGUUGAAAAAAUAAAAAAGCUCCGUGAGAACGGUGGAGGGAAAAAAAUGAGAAAAAUAUUAGGCUCGAGCGUAUGACGUGGCACUCGCGAGGUUUCCGCCGCUAUCGCCAUUGUGGAAGAUAAACUGAGGCAUUUCAACACAGGUCGCUCUUUAAAAAUGGUUGGAAAUUAUUGUGCGGUAAAGAAUUGCAACAACCGAUCGAAUAGAAAGGAGAAUGUACAGCUCGACGGAACACCAUUGAGUUUCUUCCGGAUCCCUACAUGGAGAAAAGGCGAGGGAAAGCUCAUAUCUGAACUUACCAAACGUCGAAGAAUGGCAUGGGUGGCCUCGAUCAGAAGGAAGGGCAUAACGUUUGAUUCUCCAGUUACACACUGAGUUUGCUCUAUGCACUUCCACUCCGCAACCGAAGCAGCUCUGAUGGACCUAAGAUAACAUCACCAGGCAGCCAGUCUACCUUGUGUCCUGGUCUUCUUGUGGACCUCCAAUCCCAAAAUGGCAGAUCCCACCGAACUAAGCCCUGAGUCGGCAGGAGCUGGCAUUGCCGUGGCUGACACCUGUAGUUUGGAGAUAGAGAGGAAGUAUGACAUCAUCCCUGCUGUCAUCUGCUCCAUGUGUUGCCUCUUUGGCAUCAUCUACUGCUUCUUUGGUUACCGCUGUUUCAAAGCGGUCAUGUUCCUGUCAGGUCUGAUGUUUGGCUCCAUCAUCAUCUUCCUGCUGUGUCACAAGGAGCACGUGCUGGACACCCAACUCAGCGUGGAGGCCAGCGCCGGAAUCGGACUGGGCAUCGGCUUGCUGUGCGGCCUGGUGACCAUGUUAGUGCGCAGCGUCGGACUUUUCAUGACGGGCCUCUUGCUGGGCCUCCUCUUGGCUCUGGCCGCCCUGCUGCUCACGCAGCAGUUCUACGCACCCACCACGGUGUGGGUGCCUCUGGGUGCGCUGUUGGGCUCGGGCAUGUUGUUCGCCGUGCUGACACUGCAGUGGCAAAAACUCUUCACCGUCCUCUCCACGGCGGUGUUCGGUGCCGCCAUCAUGACUGUGUGCGCCGACUACUUUGUGGAGAUGCUGGCUUUGGCCACAUACGCAUACGGAUGCCUGCGCCUCUCGCCCGGCCCGCCUCUUUGCUGGUACAGCUGGGUCAUUCUCGGUAUCUGGCCCGCCCUCAGCAUCAUGGGAGUCCUAAUCCAGUGGAAAUUGACGGAUGGCAGCUUCUCCCACACGGAUGUGGUUUUAAGUCGGCGUCAAAAAAGAGUGCAGCUGAUGCGCAUUAGAGAGAAGGACAGCAGGAAGCGGCAGCAGGCAGGUGGGCAGGAAGGCACGUACCGCCGUAAAGCCACCCCAGUCAAACGUUACGCUGGGGACCUUCUGGCGCCGAGCUACCUGCAAAGUCUGCGGGAUAGACAAAUGGGCACCGGUACUUCCCUUAGCAGCCAGAGCACGACCAACCACACCGUCAUGGACUUGGACUGUGAAACCGGCUCCACGGUGCCCCUUACGGCGACAACCCCUGUCGUCAGGGUCUGAAAAAAUCGUGGUCCUGUUAUAACAUGUUUGUGAUGUUCUGAAGAACCUGUGACAAUGUUUUGUUAUUGAUCUGUGUGUGAAAUUUGUGAAUAGAAGUUUACAGUGAAGAGGGACGCUGCUUUUUUUUCAUUGGAAAAGAAGAACUUAUAAAGCCACUACAACUGAGAUGAUUCUUGGAGGAACAAGAAACUAACCACUCCAAUUCCUCUCAUCACGUAUUCAAUACAAAACCAGAGCCGAAGGUGCAUUUCUAUCAGGUAGCAAAUCUGACAAGUACUGUACUUCAAAAGUUGGUCACCUUGCCAUUGAGUGUUGCGUUCUUACUAUUUUAACAUUGAAGGAUGUAUGAUUGUAUUUUCGUAUAGGCUGGUUUGUCAUGAAAGUAUGUCAUAGGUAAAGCAAAAGUUAAUGUUACAUUACCAUAAGUUGUAAUUCGUAAAAGUUUUUUUAGCUGCACAUCGUUUUUUUUGUGUGCGUGUGAAGAAUUUAGUGCGUGUGUGUGCACUUGUGAAACGUUUAUAAUUUAUUUGUCAAACAACCAAGAACACGGUAGCGAUUGUUAAAAAAAAAAAAAGUUGAAUCGGUAGCUGUUAUUCUGAAUCUACCAGGAAUAAUUCAAUAUGUUCCCUGAAUUUGUACAUACAUGUUGAUAGAAAUGAAUAAAUACAUGGGUUUGAUACUGUACUUCUUAGUUCAAUGAGUGCUAUUGUUUUGUUCUCUUUAGGCUCUUAGCAACCAGACCUUUCUCAUGCAAUAAAGAGGUCAUUGGGAAGGAUUUCCUAUUCUGGAGUUGGUCCUCUCUGCCAUGCUGUGUGCAGCCAAGAUUUUUUUCCUGUUGCUCACACAAGGCAGGAACAAAACAGCCUUUCAUUACAUCUUUUUUCCUCCUGUCCUUUUCAUGCAUCAAAACAUUUUUUGGUUGCUUCUGGCAUCAUACAGCUAGUGUUUAAUCAAAAAUAUUACAAGUUACAAUUACGGCUUGUGUUAUUCCCAGGCGACUCCGUGUCAAGAAGUGCACAAUGGAAGCACUGUGAAUCAAAAGUCGACAGAAAGCACACUCCCAUUAUCAUAUUACCUACUCUUUGAAGCAUCGGUGCUUAUAAGCCAACAUGUUUCACUCAAUAGUGACCAUUCACGGUGAUAGAUGUCCAGUCCAGUUAACUCAUUGGCUGCCAUUGGGGUGAUGGAGGACAACAUCCAAAUUGUGAAUAAAAUUGGAAUGCAAUGACGUGGAUUAACAAAAUUUCAAUAUUUUAUUCAAGAAAGAACAUGGAUAACAGGUCAAAAGUUUAAACAAAAAAAUGUAUACCGUAAUUUUUGGACUAUAAACCGCUACUUUUUUUCCCCCCUUCAUUUUGAAUCUUGUAGCUUAUAGUCCAGUGUGGCUUAUUUGUUGAUUUGGGUUAAGAGGUAACACUUUAUUUGACAGUGGCAUUAUAAGACUGUCAUGACACCGUCAUAAUUAUGAUAUGACAUCAUCGGCAUUACUGAAUGCUUAUGACAGAUGUCAUUAAGUGUCAUCUGGCAAAUUAUGUCACUAACAUUUACACCGCUGGCCAAAAGUAUUUGCACCCCUGCAAUUCUGUCAGAUAAUGCUCAAUUUCUCCCAAAAAUGAUUGCAAUUAGGGUUGUUCCGAUCAUGUUUUUUUGCUCCCGAUCCGAUCCCGAUCGUUUUAGUUUGAGUAUCUGCCGAUCCCGAUAUUUCAUGAUCCGAUUGCUUUUUUUUUUUUUUUUUGCUCCCGAUUCAAUUCCAAUCAUUCCCGAUAAUUUUUCCCGAUCAUAUACAUUUUGGCAAUGCAUUAAGAAAAAAAUGAAUAAAACUCGGACGAGUAUAUACAUUCAACAUACAGUACAUAAGUACUGUAUUUGUUUAUUAUGACAAUAAGAUGGCAUUUACAUUAUUAACAUUCUUUCUGUGAGAGUGAUCCACGGAUAGAAAGACUUGUAAUUCUUAAAGGAUAAAUGUGACUUUGUAUAUUGUGACUAAAUAUUGCCAUCUAGUGUAUUUGUUGAGCUUUCAGUAAAUGAUACUGUAGCUAUUUAACUGUUCUGCCCAAAUGCAUGAUGGGAAGUGGAACCAUGACUGUGCGUAGUGACACCAAUUGAUAUAUCUUCACUGCGUUGAGAAAUAACAUAUGGUGUUAAGAAAAAAAUCAACUACUACCUUUCUUCGCCGCAUUGCUUCCCACAAUAUUUUUAAUUGUUGAGAAGGGGAUUUUAAGGCUUUAGCCAAUUAAAUAAAGGCUCCAAAGACUGCCUAAAUUCACUCUACUCAUUUUACACUGCCUUUUAGCUCUAUAUAUAGGUAAAACGGCGCCUGUAUAGAUUGAACGCGACAAUGCGUGAGUGGGUCGUGCAGCGCAUGCGUUAAUUGCAUUAAAUAUUUUAAUGUGAUUAAUUUAAAAAAAUUACCGCCGUUAAUGCGAUAAAUUUGACAGUCCUACUUUAAGCCAAAACUAAAGACUCUGGAUGAGUGUAAGACAUUUUGUCUGUAACGUGAAAUUCAAUUAGAAAACAAUUUAAUUAAAAAAUAUAUAUAUAUAUAUUAUAAAAAGGCCAUUUUUUUGCCGAUUCCGAUACUUUGAAAAUGACGUAAUCGGACAUCUUUAAUUGCAAUUACAAAUGCUUUGGUAGUAAAAUGUUCAUUUAAUUUGCUUGCAAUGAAAAAACAAGAAACGGAGUGGGGGGAAAAAAUUAGAUCAUCACAUCAUUUCACACAAAACUCCAAAAAUGGGCCGGACAAAAGUAUUGCAGCCAGUUAAAACGGAUUAAAGUUGACUCAAACUCUGUCCUGUGUCCUUGUGUGUAUUACAUUGAGCAUGGAGAAAAGAAAGAAGACCAAAGAUCUGUCUGAGGGCUUGAAAAGCAAAAUUUUGAGGAAGCAUGGACACUCUCAAGGCUAUAAGUCCAUCUCCAAAGACCUGGAUGUUUCUGUAUCUACCAUGUGCAGUGUCAUCAAUAAGUGUAAAAAUCCCAUGGCACUGUGGCUAACCUCUCUAGAUAUGGACGGAAAAGAAAAAUUGACGAGAAAUUUCAACGAAAGAUUGUGAGGAUGGUGGAUAAAGGAUAUCGACUAACAUCCAAAGAAGUUCAAGCUGUCCUGCAGUCAAAGUGUACAACAGUUUCAACCCGUUCCAUCCGUCGGCAUCUAAAUGAAAAGGGACUCUGGUAGGAUAUGGUAGUGGACCCCACUUCUGGCCCAGAGACAUAAAAAAGCCAGGGUGGAAUUUGCCGAAACUUACCCGAAAAAAGCCAAAAACGUUUUGGAAGAAUGUUCUCCCAUCAGAUGAAAGUAAAGCUUUUUGGGAAAAGGCAUCAACAUAGUUUGCAGGGAAAAAGAACGAGGCCUUCAAAGAACACGGUCCCCGCAGUCAAACACGGUGGAGGUUCCUUGAUGUUUUGGGGUUCCUUAGCAGCCUCUGGCACUGGACUGCUUGACCGUGUGAAUGGCAUUAUGAAGUCUGAAGACUACCAACAAAUUUUGCAACAUAAUGUAGGGCCCAGUGUGAGAAAGCUGGGUCUCACUCAGAGGUCAUGGGUCUUCCAGCAGGACAAUGACCCAAAACACGCUUCAAAAAAGCACUACAACAUGGUUUGAGUGAAAGCACUGGAGACAUCUAAAGUGGUCAGCAAUGAGUCCAGACCUGAAUCCCACAGAACACCUGUGGAGAGAUCUGAAAAUGGCAGUUUUGAGAAGGCACCCUUCAAAUCUCAGAGAACUGGAGCAGUUGGCCAAAAAAGAAUGGUCUAAAAUUCCAGCAGAGCAUUGUAAGAAACUCAUUGAUGGAUACCAAAAGCAGUAGUUCGCAAUUAUUUUGUUUAAAGGUUGUGCUACCAAGUAUUAGGCUGAGGAUGCGUACAUACUUUUGUCCAGCCCAUUUUUGGAGUUUUGUGUAAAAUAAUUAUUUUGAUUUUUUUUUCAUUCUCUGUGUUUUUUCAUUGCAAGCAAAAUAAAUGAAGAUAUAACUACCAAAGGUUUUGUAUUUGCAAUCAUUUUCUGGUUGAAAUUGAGAAUUGUAUAACAGAAUUGCAGGGGUGCCAAUACUUUCGGCCAGCAGUGUCCAGCUCGGAUCUUUUACAUCCAUUCAAAAGUGACAUAAUUGAAAUAAUUAUAACUUUCACAACAUUGUAUUACGUUUUUAUUUGCAAUUUGUAUAGUGUGCCAACUUUUUGGGAAUCCGGCUUGUAAGUCAGCAAUGGUUUGUUUUUACAUUGACCAGACAGCAACUUUGGGAUAUUACAACUCACAACUCUGAAACUAUGGAAACAGAUCAAUAACACUCCUACUGUUGUAACCAUGUUUGUUAUUCAACACAUUAGCUGCCAUUGACCGCAAUAGACAGUUAAAAUGGUUAGACAUUUAUUGUCAUCAAUGGGGUUUUUCCACAGUAUAUAUUCUAAUUAUUUUACUAACUACCACGGCACAUAGUCUAAAAUAUUAUACACAAAGUCAAUGAGUUAAUAAAUUGACUAUGGCAGCCAAUGAGUUAAUUUAUUUAGAAUGGGAAGGGGAAGCAAUCACUUCCUUAUUGAGCACUGCAACAUGAUUAUUCAAUCAUCAUGGUUUAAAUGGAUUUAUAGUGUAUUGCUAUCACUGGCAAUGAAUAGGUUCAAAUGGAUUGGAUGUCUAAUACAGUGAAUGGAAACAGUUAAAAAAAACAAUGCCCACUACUCAAUUUCUCUCAUACAAAAAUUUCACAGUCACAAAAGUACAAAAAAAGAGUUUGCUGAUCUGAGGUCGCACUUGACAGCUACUUUUGGGUUUCUACUGCCCCCUAUCGAGCAAAUCUCAGCAUCGCAUCCAGCGCUCUUUCUUGCUCAAUGGGUAGCCCCUGUCAACCCUCAGCCGCUCAUUGACACGCCAGUAGUCAUCUCCCUUGAAGAAGUACACCCUGCCAUUGGUCCAGGUGAAAGCGGCAUCCGGACUGGAGGGUACGCCAGAGAAGAGCAUGGUCAGCGGCCUAGGAGUCACUGUAGUGUACACAAACUCAUCCCAUUGCCAGAAACUGGAGCCCUGCAAACAUUAAAAGGUGCCGUCAAAGGAUGUGUGCACAUGAAUGAGGAAAUAUCGGAGCAUUACCUUGAUGAAGAUUAGCUUCUUGUUGUUCUCCAAGUAAAAAGCUGCAUCAAUAUUUGAAGGGAUGCGCUGCACUCUCUUAGGGUAGCCGAAGUCCAGCAUAAAGCCAGUGUAGCGCCACACUUUAUUCCCUACAGUAGCAACACAACCAGCACACUUAGCCAUUGUUAUCCAACUUUUGUUGCUUGGUUUAAACACUAAACAACAAGCAACACAUUUAUUUAAGUGGAAACUUCAAGUAGGAGGGAGCAGGCUUGCUGGAACAGGGCCAUUAAAGGGCUGUGUUGCACAAUAUCAGCAACAACAAAAAAACACUUUCUACUGUAAAGUCACAAGGUAUGGUAACUUUUCAACCUUUAUAAAAUAUUUUCUUAACAUUUGUGACAAUACGUCAACUGACAACUAGUUGAAUAACACCUCAUUUAUAUCUUGAGGGUGUCUGUAUCGCUUUCACCAGUACUAAUUAACUUUGAGGAGGGUAGCAGGAACCCUGCCACACACAAAAAAACUACAAAUGUGCUCACUACGGCAUACAGUGGGGCAAAUAAGUAUUUACGGUAGUCAACCACUAAU